GAGGAUGUACUUAUCUGACUAAAUUUGAUAAGACUAUGUCAUAACAACUAUUCUAGAGUGGAGUAGAAGAGAUAAAAUACCUUUUUGCAGAAGUCUUGUGAGGAUUACACAUGGCGAGGCAAAUGGAUAAUCACAACAGGUAAUGACGUUUAUCUAUUAACAAACAGAAGAUUUUUGCAGACAAACAGAAUAAAUUAGUAUAUUUUGAAGCAAGGAAGGAAUUGUACCUUGUUAGGGUUUGAACAAGCAGUUUGCGUGGAAAGGGCAGAUCUGCAAAAGAUUUCAAAAGAGAUUCUCUUUUUCUUUCGGUGCAAAUCAAAAGGAAUUUGUGUUCAUAUAUAAUUUUUCAUCCAUGAAGAGGAAUGGAAGCAUUAUUAUUUGCAGAGAAAGCAGAUCCAUGGCGUCGCUGAGCCAAAUAAUCAAGGAAGAUCGUCAUCCGGUAUGGCUGGUAGACGCCCUAAUUCUUUCUGCAGUGGCUUACAGCAGAAACCCUCAGGAGGAGCUCUCUAUUCUCGACGGGGAGCUCGGCCUCCCUAAGACCGCAAAGUACCAGUUUUUCGCAGAAGAGGAGCUGCGAAAUGAGGGUUUCGGGAGCAGCAAACAGGUUCUGCUGGUCGUGAAAAGCCUAGCCUGCGGUCACAUGAUAGUCGCCUGCAGAGGCACCACGGGAUUUUUGGACGCCCUUACGGAUCUCAAUAUGAUGCAGAGGUCUAUGAGCCUGGGCGUAGGAGCUGCGCAUGCAGGUUUCCUGGACAGAGCAAAAAGCAUUCCGUUGAAGUACUUCAGAAGGUUAUUAAUAAGAGGCGAAAACGUGGUUCUAACGGGGCACUCUUUAGGAGGCGCCGUGGCAUCGUUACUAACACUACGAUUGCUAGAAAUAACGCCACGGUGGUGCCACGAGCAACUACAGUGCUACACAUUUGGGUGCCCUUUUUUCGCAGACUCAGCCCUAGCAAAGCACAUUAACAAACGCUACAAAAAGCACUUCGUUCACAUCGUCUCCAGGAAUGACAUAGUCCCCAAAGUAAUGCCAGUAGCACACGCUCUUUACACAUUGUGGGCGGGCCUAGCGGCGGGCCCGCUAGAGGAUUUGUUUAACGUGGCGCGGCUAGGGCUUUUUAUAAUGCAGGCGGUGCUCAAGGUAUUGAAGCGGCGCAAUGAUACUUUGGGGGCAGCUACGGUGGCCACUCAGGCCGCAUCGUGGCUUCCGUGGCUGGCACGUGGCUUGGUCCACCGCCUAUUAGCCUUAGCCUUGUCAAUGCGAUCCGGCUCUGGCUACACUUUUGCCGGACAAAUGGUUCUUCUCGACGCCGAGAAGAGUCUUGAGGAAGAAGAGAUGCUCUGUGACACCACCCCUGAAGAUGACAUAGAAAGGCACUUGACUUUGAAGCUUACCCAUGUUUCCAUGGAUGGAAUGAAGGAGCACAGCCUGCUUAGCUAUAUUGAUAGCGUGUUUUCUAUUUCACAAUCAGAUGAGCCUGAAUAUGGGUCACCUUUGGAAGUCCAUAGGACCGCCCUCAAUGUGACCAGUGGCAGAGAAAUAGACGAUCAGAUUCGGUCACCGAAGCUUAGUAAACUGAAAAAUGUAUUGAAGAAAAGGGAGAAGAAGCCUAAGGCUUUUAGAAGCAAGGUUGCUUGCUUGAUCUUUGCUCGGCGAAUGCAGGAGACUUCGCCUAUAAUUCUCAAGAGGAAGAAAAACCAGAAGAAGAGAUUGGUGGGUGUUUUGGGCGAAUGUAUUGGGAAGUUGGGAAGAUUUGCACAGAGGUGGAAUACUCUGUUUCUGGCAUCUUCUCUUUAUUACGUGGUCCGGCAUUUUCGUAGAUUCCUGCCAUUAAAGUGAUAAAUAUGUUUUAUAUACGGUUGCUUGGUGUAUGCCCUGGCGUGAUAUGCUCUGCAUUUGAAGACCCGGUGUGGGUUCAAUUCAAGGUGGACAACGAUUGUACAAAAACCUGAUUGUUUGUUCCAAAUUCUUUUCACAUGGGUGGGCUCUGGAACAAAACCCAUGGAUAAUUUAAAUUGUAAGAAAAAAAAUUCUGGAUGAUUUAUUUUAAAAUGUAACAAUGAAUCUCCCCGCUUUCUGCUCUGGGUUAAUUUAAAGUACGAUAUUUUUUCUCUU